CGAAAGCAGUGAGAGCUCAACAUUAUAAGCCCAAGGUCGCAAUGACUUCGGAAAUAGAGGCCGUGCCAUCUUGUAUAAUGAAGCUUGUUGAGAGGAGUUACACUACUCCUCCAGGCUGGCGUUUAGCAACUGUUCAGGAAGCAAGAGACAACCUUGAAAUGAUAAAGCAACAAGAAUGGGAUUGUGAAUGGGAAAGAGCUCGUCUUCUUGACGGCUGGAUAAUCGGCCCACGUUAUGACUUCCAGAUUGGAGAUGACUUCAGAAUUUUUUUGGGACACAUGCUUGUUAUACAGAUCCAAGGUGAUUCACAUGAUCUCAGGAGGAGCAUAUACGCAGGUGUUACACUCACUGACAUAGGAAGAGAAGUUGCAUUACUUCUGUGUGCACAUGACUGGAAUUACGAAGUUCUGUAUUGGCUGCUCAACUCUUGGGAAAAGAGAGAUCCUUUAGACCUAAGUGAUGUGAGAGAAGGCAAAAUACCUUUUGGUAAUACAGCCAGAUUUGUACAGAUGAACAGAAUGAUAUGUCAUUUGAGCAGCGUACUUGGCGAAGAGGGAAUUGCUGCUCAGAUAGCGGCGGAGAGAAUACCUUCUGUAGAUUUAGUUCGAGAAGUGAUGGUUAGCUUGGGAAAGUCCUGUUGGGACAAGUUAAGACCGGAGAGUCAGAAGAUCCUGCCAAGGAAAGCCUUUCUACAACAGAUAGAUUACUAUACCAAAAACACUAUUAUAUCUCGAUGUUUAGAAGCGAAUUGGUUUGAGGAUUUUGUCUCUCAAAGGGACACGUCAGAUUUUGUCUCUCAAAGGGACACGUCUCAAAUGGACACAUCAGAUUUUUUCUCUCAGAUGGACACAUCAGAUUUUUUCUCUCAAAGGGACACGUCAGAUUUUGUCUCUCAAAUGGACACAUCAGAUUUUUUCUCUCAGAUGGACACAUCAGAUUUUUUCUCAAAGAUGGACACAUCAGAUUUUUUCUCUGAAACGGAUCCAGAUGACAUCGGGAAUUUUGUCUCUCAAAGGGACACGUUAGAUGCCAUCUGGAAUUUUUUUUGGCACUUCAUCUCCUCCCGUAUUCUGCUAACCAUCCAAUGUACGAGUUUUUCUUUACUGAUGGAAGACUUGAAGAGUGAAGAGCAUCAGGCGGGAAGCCGCGGGAAUUUUUUUGUGUCUACUGCCAUACUCUACUACCUCCUUGAUUACGAAGGCAAUGUGUUGGAUAGGAUUCUUAGACAGGCAUGCAAGGUUGCAGUGGGUGAUGAUCGGCAACAUUUCAAAGAUAUGCUGGAAAAUACAUCCUCUUCCUACUGCGACGAAACUGGAAAUUACCACAUUCUCAACAAGAUAUUGAUCUAUGCAAAGCGGGGGGAUAACAGUUUUUUGGUGAGCAAGCUAUUAGAGUGGGGCGUCCAGCCACAAGCGAGCCUUGAUUCAUACUUGGUUGAUGAUUCACGUCAUAAAAUAAGGGAUAAUGAAAAAGAAAAUUUGAGAAGUCUUUUUGACAAUUGUGAAUUAAAAGAAUACUUGGCCAAUGUUAGUGAUGAUGGAGGAUGGACUGCUCUUCAUUGGGCGUGUCGUUAUGCUGACGUAAGCAUUGUUGAAAUGAUUCUUCAAUAUGGAGGAAAACUUGAUGUUCGGGACAAGGGAGGUCGCCUCCCCCUCCACUAUGCAGUGAAGAAUGGUAAGAAAGAAAUUGUGAUAAGUAUUUUCGACAAAUGUGAUUCAGAAGAACAGUUUGCCAAUGCCGGAGAUGACGAAGGAUGGACUGCUCUUCAUUUGGCGUGUUGUCAUGCUGACGCAAGCAUUGUUGAAAUGAUUCUUAAAUACGGGGGAAACCCGGGUGUUCCGGACAAGAUAGGCCGCGUCCCCCUCCACUAUGCAGUGGAGUAUGAAAAAGAAGACAUUGUGAAUGUGAUGACUGGGAGAGGCAAGAGCGAUACAGUGAAAGACAAUGAUGAAAUGGUUACUUGGAAAGACUUUGAUGAAAUGGUUACUUGGAAAGACAAUGAUGGGAUGAGCCCUCUGGAUCUGGCCGCUAAGAAAAAAAACAUAAAACUAUUGGUGAAGCUAUUGUCGGUAUAUAAACAAUCACUAUUGUCUUAUUUUGAUAAGGCGGACUCUGCCGUUCUUCUGCGUGAGUUUUCUUGGGAUGGGAGAUGCCGAACAGCUUUGCACUACGCUUCUAUGCUUGAAGAUGGUAGUAAAGCACUUCAGUUAUCUAAAUUAAUGCUCACCAAAUGCACAAGCGAAGAAGAGAAGAAAAUCUGGGUGCAGCGAAAAGAUAAUUGCGGUGAAACGGCUCUCCAUGUCGCAGCUAUCAAAGGACACAAAUUACUCUGUCAGUACUUUUGUUUUUAUUAUAGAGAUAUCCUAAAUGUCAAAGAUGCAAAUGGGCGAUGCCUUAUCUAUGAAGUUGUUGAUAAAAGCCACCACGAUAAUCCUGAUGUCAUUAUGGCGCUACUCAAAUUUUGGGAUGGAGAAGUACAAAGCACAAUCGACCAUACCAAUCAGACCCUGCUACACGUGGCCGCUUCAGCGGGCAAAAUGUUUAUAGCGGAUUUCCUUAUCGAGAGGUCAAGGGAGGCUAAAGUAAGAUAUCUGAGGACACCAGACAUACUUGGACAAACGGCGCUUCAUAAAGCCGCUAAAGGGGGACACGUGGAUACGGUUACAGUUCUGUUGCAUCAUGGAGCCCACCCACUUCUGGAAAGAGACAGUGACGGGCGAACGGCACUUCAUUGUGCUGUUCAGAAAGAAGCCGAAGACCGAGCAAAAGAAGCCAAAGACCAAACAAAAGAAGCCAAAGACCGAGCAAAAGAAGCCGAAGCACGAGCAAUAGCAGUUGCUGAAUUAGUGUUAAAGAAGUGUGGAUCCGAUGAAAAGAAAUUGCUUUUACUGUGGGCCUCCGCUGCAGGGUUAGGCACUGCAGACCAACAGCUAAGCGACAACUCUCCACUAAAGAAGUUUCUUCUUGCAAAAAAGAGAUAUAUCAAUGAAAAGUUAGAUACAGAAGGGAAGAAAAACAAUUUGUUAAGGAUAGCAGCAUGCUUAGGUGAUAUUGCUAUGACCAAAGAAUUACUUACUAGAGGUGCUCAAGUUGGUGAUAUCAGGGAUCAAGAAUGGAAAAACAGUUUAAAUCAAAAAGAGAGACAUAAUGUUGACACAGUUUGCAAGCAAAUUCAAAUCAUUGCAGAACAAGGAAAUGAUCAACCAGCUACAUCUGACAAUCUGGGAAGAAGUGACUUUGCGUACGGACUUGCCGCAUUGCUCUUGAACCCUUAUUUAAAACCUCCUAUUACGGUGGGUAUCUCUGGUAGCUGGGACAGAGGGCAUUUUGUUGAAGACAGCUGCACAACUAGCACUACUGCCAUCUGA